ACCCUCACUCUCAUAAACUCCAGAGAAAGACAUAGAGCAAACAGCCUAAUGAUAGUAAUAAUAUAAACUUUCAGCAAAUAAUCACAGGAAGCUGAUUUGCGCAGCUGCGAUCAGUUUGUCGGUUUUGCGCGCUUCUGUCCAAACUCGCUGCUGCUUUUAGCGCCGAUCAUGGAGAGCCUGAAGUUUGCGGCGGUGCUGCUGCUGGUCGUGUUGGUUCAGACCAUCAGCGCGCUGAGGGCUCCGCUUUCUACGGAGGAUGAGGAGGGACAUGUGUGGACGGUGGACAACUGGCAGGGUUACCCAGUGGAGAGAGGAUUAUCCAUCCGGCUCGCAGAUCUGAUCAAGCGGUCGAAAGCACAGCAGUUCCACGGUCUGAUGGGAAGAAGCCCGGGUGUGUUAGCAAAACUGGGCAGGAAACGAAAUAAUAAUAAUAAAGGUGAGAUGUUUGUCGGACUCAUGGGCAGAAGUUUAGGAGAAGACCUUGAUGAAGACUGGACUCCUGACUCUUUCUGAAGAGAACAACUUUAAACAAGAUU